AUGGGUAUUUUCGAUAAAGUCAAGAAGUUCACCUCUAGAGGCGAUGGUGACAACAACCGUGAUAUUGUCGACCAAGCUGAAGACUAUGCCGGUCAAGACAACGUCCAAAAGGCUAGAGACACCCUUGGUGAUGACAAUUUCAACAAGAUGGAAAGUGCUGUUAGAAAGCAAUUCGGUGAAACUAGUUUGAAUGAUGACGAUAACAAGAACUCUUACGGUUCUAACAACGAUGACUCCUAUGGAUCCAACAAGAACAAGUCUUCUUACGGUGAUGACAACAACGACUCUUACGGUAACAACGAUUCUUACGGUUCUAGCAAGAACAAGUCCUCUUAUGGUGAUGACAACGAUGAUACUUAUGGUUCUAACAACGAUUCCUACGGUUCAUCUGACAAGAAGGACAAGAACAAGUCUUCUUACGGUGAUGAUGACAAUGACAACUCCUAUGGUUCUUCCAACAAUGACACCUAUGGUUCUUCUAACAAUGACACCUAUGGUUCUAACAACGACUCUUAUAGCUCUAACAAGAAGAAGUCCUCUUACGGUGAUGAUGAUAACAACGACAACUCCUACGGUUCUUCCAAUACCGACUCUUACGGUUCCUCUGACAAGAAGAACAAGAAGAAGUCCUCUUACGGUGAUGAUGACAAUGAUAAUACCUAUGGUUCUUCCAAUACCGACUCAUAUGGUUCUAACAGCAAUGAUGAUGACGAUUCAUAUGGUUCUUCUAAGAAAAACAAGAACAAGAACAAGUCUUCCUACGGUGAUGAUGACAAUGACAACUCCUAUGGUUCUUCUAACAACGACACUUACGGUUCUUCUAACAACGACACUUACGGUUCUUCUAACAACGACACUUACGGUUCUUCUAACAACGACACUUAUAGCUCUAACAAGAAGAAGUCCUCUUACGGUGAUGAUGAUAACAACGACAACUCCUACGGUUCUUCCAAUACCGACUCUUACGGUUCCUCUGACAAGAAGAACAAGAAGAAGUCCUCUUACGGUGAUGAUGACAAUGAUAAUACCUAUGGUUCUUCCAAUACCGACUCUUACGGUUCCUCUGACAAGAAGAACAAGAAGAAGUCCUCUUACGGUGGUGAUGAUGACAAUGACAACACCUACGGUUCCUCCAACAAUGACUCCUAUGGUUCUAAGAAGAGCUCUUAUGGUAAUGACAACACCUACGGUUCUUCCAACAAUGACUCCUAUGGUUCUAAGAAGAGCUCUUAUGGUGAUGACAACGAUGAUUCUUACGGUUCUAAGAAGAAUUCUUAUGGUUCCAACAAUAAUGAUUCUUACGGUUCCAACAAUGACUCCUACGGUAACAACGAUUCUUACGGUUCCAAGAAGAACUCUUACGGUGAUAACAACGAUGAUUCCUAUGGUUCUAAGAAGAACUCUUACGGUUCUAACAACGACUCAUAUGGUUCUAACAACGAUUCUUAUGGUAACAACGAUUCCUACGGCUCUUCCAACAGAGGAAACAAUUCUUACGAUAACGAUGACUACUAG